AUGGCAGUGGCCCGGGGAGUCGGAAGCCCGGAGCCAGCACCGCCGCAGCUAUAUAAGUGGGGGGGCAGUGGGUUGGGGGAGCCCGGCUGCGCUUUGGAGAGGCGAGGAGCCGCCGCCCGAGGCCGGUGCGGGCGAGCCAGGGCGCCGCGGCCUCCCGACCCCUUUCCCAGAGGUGAACACCUGGAACCAAGAACCCGGGCGCCUGAGUCUGCGCGCCGCGGGGCGCCCCGACCGCCGGCCUCCCCGCCAUCCGCGCGCCCCAAAGCCCAGAGGGCGAGGCCCCGAGCGCCCCGCAGCCGCCGCCGCGCCAUGCUCCACCUUAGCGAGUUUUCCGGCCCCGACGCGCUGUUCGUCAAGUCCACCGAGGGCUGUUGCGCUGAACCCAGCACUGAACUGCCCCGACUGCCUGCCAGGGACGCUCCCGCGGCCGCCGGCUACCCUGGAGCAGGCGACUUCUUGAGCUGGGCUUUGAGCAGCUGCGGCGCCGGGGGGGACUUAGCCGACUCCUGCUUCCUGGAUGGCCCUGAGCCCACGCCCCCUCCUGGCCUCAGCUACAGCGGUAGCUUCUUGAUUCAGGCAGUACCCGAACACCCGCACGACCCGGAGGCACUCUUCAACCUCAUGUCGGGCAUCUUAGGCCUGGCACCCUUCCCUGGCCCUGAGGCGGCAGCAUCGCGGUCCCCGCUGGAUGCCCCUUUUCCCGCCGGCCCCGACGCCUUGCUGCCGGGUCUGCCGGACCUUUACUCCCCGGAUCUGGGCGCUGCCGCCUUCUCAGAGGCGUUCUGGGAGGCCUCGCCUUCCGCGGGCGCCCCCUCGCAAUGCCUGUAUGAACCUCAGCUCUCCCCGCCCGACGUCAAGCCGGGCAUCCGGGCGCCUCCGGUCUCUCCAGCGCUGGACGCUGCCUCGGCCUUCAAGGGUCCCUAUGCACCCUGGGAGCUGCUUUCUGUUGGGGCUCCAGGGAACUGCGGGUCACAGGGAGUCUACCAGGCCGCCCCCGAGGCUCGUUUUCCCUCGAUGGGGACCAAGAUUGAGGACCUGCUGUCCAUCAGCUGCCCCGCGGAGUUGCCGGCCGGCCCAGCCAACAGACUAUACCCCAACGGGGCCUACGACGCUUUUCCGCUGGCCCCAGGUGACUUGGGGGAAGGAGCCGAGGGCCUCCCGGGGCUCCUGACCUCUCCUAGUGGGGAGGGAGGGAGUAGCGGCGACGGUGGAGAGUUUCUGGCAGGUACGCAGCCUCAGCUUUCCCCGCUGGGCCUUUGCAGCGCAGCCGCGGCGGACUUCCCGAAACCUCUGGUGGCGGACAUCCCUGGGAGCAGUGGUGUGGCUGUGCCACCCGUGCCGCCGCCGCCCACCCCUUUCCCUCCGGCCAAGGCGCGGCGCAAGGGGCGCCGAGGCGGCAAGUGCAGCGCGCGCUGCUUCUGCCCGCGGCCGCACGCCAAGGCCUUCGCUUGCCCGGUGGAGAGUUGUGUGCGCAGCUUUGCGCGCUCCGACGAGCUCAACCGCCACUUGCGCAUCCACACGGGCCACAAGCCCUUCCAGUGCCGCAUCUGCCUCCGUAACUUCAGCCGCAGCGACCACCUCACCACGCACGUGCGCACCCACACCGGCGAGAAGCCGUUUGCUUGCGACGUGUGCGGCCGCCGCUUCGCGCGCAGCGAUGAGAAGAAACGGCACAGCAAGGUGCACCUCAAGCAGAAGGCGCGCGCCGAGGAGCGGCUGAAGGGCCUAGGCUUUUACUCGCUGGGUCUCUCCUUCCCUGCCCUGUGA